AGUAAGAGCGGAGACUGAGAAGGACGAGGCGAGCCCAGGCGGUGGUGUGAAGUGGGCAAGAGUGUGUGUCUACAUAUGUCAGCAUUUGAGGAUUUUUCCUGAGCCACCUUUUUGGUUUCGCCUACAUGUUCCUGGUUGGCCUCGAGAAGGCUGGAGGAUACACCUGACGAUGUGGAAUCCCAAUGCCGGGCAGCCAGGGCCAAAUCCGUAUCCCCCUAAUGCCGGCUACCCUGGAGAUUCCAAUCCUGCCUAUCCACCUCCGCCUGUCAAUCCUGCCUUUCCUCCAGGCCCCUUUCCCACUCCCCCAGGAGCUCCCCAGGGGAAUCCAGCUUUCCCCCCAGUUGGGCCCCCUCAUCCUGUGCCACAGCCAGCAUAUCCAGGAUGCCAACCAUCAGGUCCCUACCCGCCUCCAUACCCACCACCUGCCCCUGGUAUGCCUACUGUGAAUCCGUUGGUUCCUGGCAUGGUAGGACCAGGAAUGGUGAUGGACAAGAAGAUGAGGAAGAAAAUGAAGAAAGCUCAUAAAAAGAUGCAUAAACACCAUAAGCAUGGCAAGCAUUCCUCCUCCUCCUCCUCCUCUUCCAGCAGUGACUCUGACUGAAUACAGGGUCGGGACCCUUCCCUCAAGUCUCUCCAGUUCUGCUCUCCCAUCAAGCUUCAGAUGCCAUCUUACACUGGGGGAAAUUAGCCCUUGUGUCCCUCUACCCCUCUCUCCCAGUCUGAGCCUCACUCUCUUGUUCAGCCCUAACUGGUUAGGGGAAAUAAAUGGGAGAAGAAUUGCUAUGGGCUAGCAAA